AUGAACCAGCAAUGUAAAGUGUGCGGGGAGCCUGCUGCCGGUUUUCAUUUCGGUGCAUUCACGUGCGAGGGAUGUAAGUCCUUCUUCGGGCGGACAUACAACAACUUAUCAUCGAUAUCGGAAUGCAAGAAUAAUGGAGAGUGCGUCAUCAACAAGAAAAAUAGAACCGCCUGCAAAGCAUGCCGCUUACGGAAAUGUUUGCUCGUCGGGAUGUCCAAGUCCGGUUCGAGAUAUGGAAGAAGAUCUAAUUGGUUUAAAAUCCACUGCCUGCUUCAAGAACAGCAGCAACAGCAUAUACAACAAAUGCAGACGAGUAAAUCACCUCCUACAUUUAAUUCGAACAUCAAUCCGUCAUUCUUACCUACGAACCUGCUCCCAGCCGCCGCAUUGGCAGAAUAUUACAAGAGUUCAGAAAAGAUACCCUUUAGCGAAGAAGUAACGAGACAAAGCGUCUCACCAUCCGACUCCGGAGCUUCAUCAGCGGAUCCUGAAGAUGAUAACAGCUCGAGGAGUACCAGCGGGUUAAGUAUUUUUAGACCAGCGUCAUCUCCAUGUAGUGAAAAAGAUGUACGAUUGCAGGCGCUUAGGAAUCAAAGUAAAGAAUUUCGGAGAAAAAAGCCUUCUACGCUGCCACCUUCUCCUUUUAGUACAGCUUCGGCUACACCGAGCUAUCCUUCUAGAGGUACAUCUUUUCUACCUUUACCGACCGCAAUACAGAACUUUAGGUCAAUUCCCCCUGGGGUUCCUGCGUGGCCGACGCGCAAUGGUGGUGAUCUCUUGCUCCAUUCCCCUGCCGUAGCCGGCGUAGCUAUAGAACAGGAUCAGCCGAUAGAUUUAUCUAUAAAAUCCACUGCAGUACUCUUCAGAAGUCCGAAGCGGGAUGAAGUCAGCGAUUCUGAACCAGAAUUAAGUAUUGAUUUAAAUGAAGAUAACGGUAAAGACAUUAUGAAGAAUCCUCUUGAUUUAAGUCUUGUACCGAAACGGACAGAAGAAGUUCCAAUGACUGGAUGAGAAUAGAAUUUCUUUUGAGGAUCACAAGGAAACAUACCUUUUUAUAUUUUAUUAAAAUUAUUCCUAAUUAGAUAAACAUUUAAAAUGACUAUCGAAUAUUCUGCCAUACAGUAUUUAGUGAUACGUACAUUUUCUCUUCUACAUUACCUGAUCUUGCUACCAUUAUGUUUAUAUUGCUAUAACUAUGCUUUCUAUCUUUUGAAAUAAUAGAAUUAUAUAUUUUAUUAAACUAUUGUAUUAUAAAACUUUGAACAUAAAACUAUAUACUUAGUAUAAAUGAAAGCGGUUGUAUCAUAAAUCUGAGAGAGUAAUUGUAAAUAUAAUUUGAAUGUUAAUGAUAAAUACAUAAUAGAGUUAUGUACGAAGUGUUAUGUACAAUGUGCCAGUGUUAGUGCCAGUUUAUGUAAAAUGCCAGUGUUAGUUAUAUAUAAACAAUUAUAUUAUAUAAUGGGAUGAACGGCCAGUCGAAUCGUGAAGCUCAAAAUUAUGAAAUGUACAAAUAAAUUUAAGAUAAAUUGUAUAUUUUUGAUUUGAUGCAAGUUAUCUAAGUAUUUAUUUUAGUAUUUAGGCCAGUUUUCUGAGUCAUAUUAAUUGAUUAAGCAACAUUUAGUAUAAUUUGUCAAUAUUUUAAUAUAAUUAGUCGAUUUAUGUUUGAAUUUUUUGUCUCGCAUGUUAAUAUCGUUAUUUGUUUCGUUUUUUUUUAGAUGUUUUGAUAAUUUGAUACAUUCCCUUAUGCCAUUUAAUGAUGUUAAUUUUUAAUUUAAUAUUUACUAUAUACUUAUUUGCUUAGACCUUUUCUAUAUCUAAAAUAGGAUUUCAUUUGUCAUAAUAUUUUUAGUUACCAAAUGUGAAAUACAAAAGUGCAAUUAGCAAAUUAUAACAGGGCCGACAAAAUACGUACUUAAUGUUUGAUAUACACUGACCGAAGUUUGCAGACGACCGCUAAAUGUGCUAUCGAAUUUGCGUUGACUGCUUAAAUCUAUUCGUGUAUGUCAGCUCUAAAAGAAUAUAAAAUUUACAGAAAAAUAUGAGAACAUGAAUACGCAAAAGAAAUAGGUCUGAUGUCUUUUCUGUCAUACCAAAAGUACCCUUCCUAUAGAUGUCCCGUCUUAUAGUAAAAUCCUUGUUGAAAAUAGUCGCGCUCCUCCAGCGAGUUUAGUUUUUGGUCAAGUUUAGUUGUGAUUUCACGAUUACAACUACACUCAUCAACUAAUUAUCAACUAAAAUAUUUUUCAGAAUUAAAAACACUAAAAAGAAGUUAAAGGUUUAGAAGGCUGUUUAUUCAAACAUACUAAACUUUAAUUAUAAUUAAAUUAGAUACAAAAACAAUCAUACAUAACUAAUCUACAUGAUGAUAAAAAAUCCAUUUUAGUCCGUGUCGUGAAUUUGCAGAUCAUAGAAUCCAAACAGAGGUCACAAAAAGAGACUUAAGAUUUAUAAUUGGUGACUAAUUGUCAUUUAAGACUUUAAAUAAUUGUGUAUUUUAAUAUGAACUUGUAGUAAAAUUGUUUAAAGAGAUGAAGUCAAGUCAAUAUUGAAAAUGAUGGCUAAAUAAAUGUUAACUCUAAUACAUUCCUAAGUUUACAAGUUACUUAAAUAAUUGG